AACGUGCCUGUAAGACCAAUGGUGUGAUUACACAAAACCCAGCCACGGUGGAACCAUCCGAUUGGUCAUUUGAACUUAUCCCGAGCAUGAACCUCGAAAAUCACUUCAGUUCUCGUGUCGUUUGAUAAAAGCAUCUGCGCAAGUCUCGCAGGAUUGUCGAACUGCCAAAAUAUAUAAGGCAUUGGUACCCAUUGUGAAUAAGUAUUGCACCACCACAUUUGUCAAGUAUCACCAACAGUACUUCCAACACCUAACAUUGCGACAUCAAGUUGAACUGAAAACACAAUCACAAAUCAUGUGUCCAGCACCAAUGAGAGGCUACUCGGAUAUUAUGAAUACCAGCGAUAAAGGCUCUAUUGAUUUGAAUGGUAACGGGCAAAAGGUUGCCUUCCCUCACGAAGAUGCGGGUGCUCAUACACUUUGGAAGCAAAAUUCCGAGGCAAAAACUCCAAUAUGGCAUCUACGAGUUACUGUGCUCAAGAACAGCGAGGCUCGAGGGGAUUGUCCCAAUCGUACUUUUGUAAGUCUUUUCGUCGUCUCACUUAUAGUCGUUCACCUGCUUAUCAUUCUCAGGCAUUCAAGACUUUAGAGGAAGUCACUCGUGCCAUCAACCAAGUUGAGACCUCAUUUGGAAACACGUUUGAGUUGAAGAAAUGUGGAAUCGAUUCACCAGAUGCUAUGGGCGGCAGAGUUAAUGAUGGGAAAAGUGAGAAUAUUACCAUUCAUUUUGAUUCCGAUGUAGCGAAGGAGUCAUGGACGGAAUUCUUAGGAAGAUUGAAGGGAUUGGAGGAUGAAUGGUCACAUGCGAUUGAAGUUUGAAACCUUUGGAGUUUGGUCUAGUACGAAAGGUUCUAAGAUAAGAGAACUACGAAGGGAAUGGAGAUGGUAAGGGGUUUUAACGGCAUGCUUAGCGGGGGUCAAGGGGACGCUGAGAAGGCGUUAAAAGGAGAGUUGGUGUAAACGUUUGUUGCGGUUUGUAAAGAUUUCAUGGGCGUAUGAAAACUUAACAUCUACUUUGAGGAAUGUGAUGCGUCGGAGGUCAGUCUGAGUUACUGUAGUGAGCUUACAUGGGUGAUUGUUUCCAGUCAUGGUAAUUGCCUUCUGGCCACAUUUCCCUCAAGAAUGUGACUAACUGCAACUAGGUAUUGAUGAAGUUGCUUGCGGAACGAUCCCAUACCUUGAAUUUUCAUAUUCAAUUAUACCUCAGAGUUGUGGUACCGAAAUUUGUUGGUCAUAUUGUCAUCUAUGCGGGAUCCGACUGCAUAAGUUAAGGGUUUCACUCGGAACCUGUAACAUAAGAAGCUUCAAUUUGCUUAAUUUAGAAGUCUUUUUGGAGAGGAAUCAUAACCUUUGGAAUUGAUAUACCCUA